GCCCGCCCGGCGUCGCCCGCCCACCCGCGCGACGCUCAGGGCCCCGCCGGAUGACAGCAGGGAGGGGCCGGUGCCCGGGUCCCCCGGGGACGCCUGCGACCCCCGCCGCGCGCGCCUCCUGGGUCCGGGCUGCGGCGGUGCGGGACGGACGGGCGCGGAGCUGUGCGCGACCCCGAUCGCCGAGCAACCCCAAGAGAUGCCACGAUCCACAAGAAAUGAACUGGUCCUUGGGCUCUUGGUGGGGACAGCCGGCAUCAGCCUCUUCCUGUGGUACUGCCGGGGCCGCAGACCUCGGGCCUCGGCCGAGCCACCUGUUCGUCUCCCUCCGGGCCCCACACACUGGCCCCACAAACCUCGCGGAGGCCCCGAAGUCAUGGGCGUCUCUCAAGGCCAGCAACUACACAUACUGGACAAGCUGGAUGAACUGGUGACCCAUCUGGAGGCCCUCCGAGCGGAGGUCCGGGCCUUGAAGGAGGCCCUCCCCAGGCUGGAGGAGUACAUACAAGGGGAACUGGGUGGGAAGGCGUCACUGCCCAGGGCCAGCCCCCAGCACAGAGCCAGGAAGAGGCGGCCGGUCCCUGGGCAGCAGCACCCAGCCACCAGCAACAGCUCAGAGGAGGCGGAAAGUGAAGGAGGAUACAACACCGCCAACACAGACACAGAAGAGCAGGACUUCCCCGUCACGAAGCAACUCAACACCUACAUAGAAGAAUUAAGCUUGGAUGACCUCCUCCGGAAGGCCGAUCAUUUACGGACCAAUGAUUCUGGCAAGAAGGAAAGCUUUGAGCUACUUUAUUACCACAGAGAGAAGUUUAGAGAUGAAAUCGAGUUUAUUUGGCGGUUGGCUCGGGCUUACGGAGACAUGUGUGAGCUAUCUACGGAUGUAGGUGAGAAGAAGCAUUAUGCUAAUGUCGGGAAGACGCUGGGCGAGAAAGCAGUUUCCCAGGCGCCUACGAAUGGAUACUGUCACCUGUGGUACGCGGUUUUGUGUGGCCACGUGUCUGAGUUUGAGGGUUUGCAAAACAAAAUCAACUAUGGACACUGCUUCAAGAAACAUCUAGAUAAAGCAAUCGAGUUCUUACCUGAAGAGCCCUAUUUGUAUUACCUCAGAGGAAGGUACUGCUACGCUGUGUCGAGGCUGAGCUGGAUCGAGAGGAGAAUGGCCGCCACUCUGUUCGGGAUAAUGCCGACCUCAACCGUCACGGAGGCGCUGCAAGACUUCCUGAAGGCUGAAGAGCUAAAACCUGGUUUUUCUAAGUACAAUUACGUGUUCUUGGCCAAGUGUUACGUGGAUCUCGACAGCGUGCCUGAAGCUCUGAAGUUCUGCGACCUGGCGCAGUUGCUGCCUUGCGUGAGCAGAGAGAAUAUGAGAUUGGAGCAGAUUAUGAGAUCAAGCUGUUUUCUGCCUCGGACACAGGAUGAAGAAGCCGAGUCGCAGGCACGAGCCAUGCUCGGCUCCUUGUCAAAGAGGUAAACACCAACUGGACUCUCCAGCCAGUCCCAGGUGGCCCUGCUGUGCCCGAGAAGUGGCCUCAGGGCCUGAGCCCAGGGUCCACGUGUGCGUGCGGGACCCCCGGUUCAAGCCCCGGCACCACCCACUCCCCCCAGCACUGCCAGGUGGGCCUCUCGGCACUGAGCGCCACUGGGUAUGGCCCCAAAGCCAAACUUACACAAUCAAAAAUCAAAAAAAAAACAGAAGCCAACAGCUGUUGUCGACUGACACUGGCCAGGACCGUGAUCUUCGUCGACCUUCCCCUUGCUCGCUCCAAGGGCGGCGGGCUCAGAUCUGGAAGGAAAAUGCUCCUCUGGCCAGUGUUAGCACAGGUUACACACAGUGAAUCACGGUCCCUGAAAGCUACCUGCUACCAUGUCAGUACAAAACGAUCAUUAAGCGUGUAAGCUUUGUAUUUUUCCUAUCAGUAACUAGCAUUUGGACUAUUUCUGGAAAUAAAUCAUGAAACCAAUGUCAUAUAAUUCACUCUGCUGCUUCAAUGAGGACUUUCCAAAUCAAAGAAUCCCCUUGAUGCGAGUGCGAAAGGGGAGAAAGGCCAAAGGCGUGAGGGAGUUGUUGCCAGGAGAGCACCCGGACGUGACCGUCGUCGGGGACGAGUACCGUGCAGAGACACUGAAUCGUCAGAGCAGCCGCGGGCCGUUUUCUUGCCACUCGGUGCUGGUAGGAACGAGGCCGGGCGUUCUCAACACGGCUGUGGGAAGCUCUUCAGCACAGAUGUUUGCUCAGACUACAGGAUGCAUCAGCUCUUUAACCAGGGGGCGUUUAGCUGGGCCCCACUUCAUCUCUUUGUCUGAGGGAGCAGCAGGAUGGUCAUUCCCACCAACCCCCCUCCGUGGCCAGCCCUUCCCCACCCUCUGUGCACGCGGGCCACUGGGGAGCCCCCGCUGCCCCCAGCUCAUCCCCACCGUGAUGACUGCACAGACGGGGCCUGGGGCAUGCGGGCCACCGAGGCUGGGCCCUUUCGGGGCGGGCCCAAGGCCCGGGGUCAGGGCCCAGCAACCCCGUCUGCUGCCCUAAAACCCAGGCAGGGUGACCGCUUCCGGUACGGAGGCCACAGUGCCGUCUCACUUCCCGACGCCAGACUGCUCUGCACGCGCCGGCUGCGGUUAGAGGGAACGGGCCGGUGUCAGUGCCCGCCUGGGAGUCCCGGGGAGCAGCUACCCUCUCCGCCGUACGCCGGCAAACACACCCGCAAGCCCGGCUCCCGGCAGCGGCCGCGCAGAGCCAUUGCCCCAGGAGAACGGAGUGAGGUGCCCCCGGACCUGCCCAACCCUGCAGCCCCCGAAGAGCCACACGCAACCCCGAGGGCCUGGGCCAGCUCAGGCUCCGUGAGAGCAGGGCUGGGGCCCCACGCGUUUGCGCUCAGGAGGCCCCCUCACAAAGGCAGGUGCUCUGCCCUGAGCCAGCCCCCCUCCGCCCAGGCUCCCUGGCGGGAUUGGGGCGCACCGGGGCUCCUGGUUACCCAGGGGUCUCUGGCGUAACUGGAAUUCGGUGUGGGGGCGUGUCGGUGCAGAUGUGACUCCACCAGCAGGGGACGCCCGCGUGCUGCAGCGCCCUGAGGGCAUUGGCCCUUCCUGCCCUGCCCCCUCCCCCGGGCACCCUGCGUCCCUCAUAGCGAUGCCCCAGAGGGGCUGUCCCGCCAGCAUGGACAGGGACAGACACAGGAGACAGCAGCCUUACGAGGGACCCAGAGGAGUCAGAGGUGACUCAGAUGGGGACCUGAGGGCUCCCGGGGUGCCCUGGGCAGGGAGCCGGGGUGGCCCCUGCACAGACUGUCAGGACCCCUGUCCCCCGAAAGGACUGAGCCCCCAGGCCUGAGCUGCCUCACCCGGGGGCUCCCUCACACCCGCGCUGCCCCCGUCUCAGGGUGCUGCCUCCGUUGGCGACCUCACAGCAGCACAGAACUGGACUCCGAGGAAGCAUGGCCUGGGCACCGCCCAGUCCUGCCGUCUGUAGGAGGGGCCCUAGCCCGGGAAGCGAGCGUCUCACCAGCCAGGUUCCCUGACACGGGGUCACAGUGGCAGCAGCAAGGACACCUCGGCACACGCCCGACAGCGACCCAGUGUGUGCUGUGACCAACACAGAAAGGGGCCUGUGUCCACACGCACAAAGGAGCCCAAAGUCCUGGGCAGUGCACUGCGGGGGCGGGGUGCCCCGGGGUUCCCGGACGACACCGAGGGCCGGGUGCUGUCUUCAGGCCAUCAGCUGUGCAGACACGGGGCGGCACGCUCAGCUCCAGCGCGACCGCUGGACUUGAUGCGGUUUACACUCACUCACCAAAGACACCCGCGGGGUGGCGGGGAGCUGAGCGCGAGGGUCAGCUGAGGACAGAGCAGCCUGAGGGCGCAGGCAGGAGGGCGUGUGUCCACGCAGCACCUGUCCACGCAGCACAGCCACACAGUGCUGCGUGGCGCCCGUCCACACGGCGCCCAUCCACACGGUGCCCACCCACACGGCGCCCACCCACCCUUUGCUGGCUCAUCCACACCAAGCACAUCCGCGUGGCACAGCAUUCACCCGGGACUGCAGUCGGCCUCCGGAAGGGCCAGGCAAAUGGCCAAGUCGCUGCGGUACAAAGGGAAACACCUCAACAAGAACGACUGUGCACGUGAUUUUGGUGUUGUGGUAACGGUGCCAUGUGGUUUCCCCUUCCAGGACACACUUGUUUGGUCUAGUAGGAGCCCCACACCGGGUCCACAUCGGCGCCAGGUGAAACCACAGCGGCCGUGUACGCAGGCAGGAGAAGCGCAAAUUCGGGGAAACGGUUGGGGACACAGCUGUCCCCAGCCAGUGACAUCCUGGAAGAAUCCCUCCCCUCUCCCCCCACUCCGCAGAGUGGCAGAACCAGUGACCCGCAAGGCAGCUCGGGCUGCUCCCAACGGGGCGCGGGCGCAGUCACAAGGCUUCGCAGGACAGAGCUAAGUCCUGGACACGCAGUUUGGGAAACCCACGGACACUCCUUUCUUUUGCAUCGGGGUGUGGAACGCGGCUUCUCCGCAAGGCCCUUGAGAGCUUCACGGAACCAGCCAAACUUUGGUGAGCCAGACGCCAUCCCUAGAGGCCGUGGCCUUCACCUUCACGGGGCCGGUCAACCCACUCCCGCGGGGAGAAGUGGAGAGAGGUUUCCUGCAAAGCCUCCAGUCCGUCUCCCACGGCCCCCCGUGGGGUUUCUGUUGGCUUUGGGUCUUGUCUUCCUUUCAGGAGGUGAUGGACACCAGACACCCUCGAAGAGCCUCGCUCUCUCCUCUCCACGAAAAGCGUCAGCACAACUGAUGCCCCUACUCAUCUGUGCCUUAGACACAGCACAUCUGGAGCUGGCUGACGUGGCGAGACGUCCAGACUGGAGCUGCCACACAGCUGCCAGCCAGUCAGCCAUGGUGGGUGGCCGCCCACACAGCGGGCAGUCUCCCUGCUACUGGGCAGGAGGGGCAGAGGUGGGCCGUAAUGUCUGGAAUAGCCACAGCCAAAAAAAGAAAAAAAAUAGAACUUGGGCUGCCUGAAGUCUGUGGUGGACUUGGAACCUUUCAAAACUACUGACCCAGAUCUUUAUUUGUAAAAGGGGCAGAUAUUUUGGGACUGAGCCAUAGGACAGCGGGGAGGGCACUUGCCUUGCAUGCGGCUGACCUGGGUUCGAUCCCUGGCAUCCUAUAUGGUUCCCAGAGCACCACCAGAAGUGAUCCCUGAGUGCAGAGCCAGGAGUAGACCCUGAUCACUGCCGGGUGUGGCCCAAAACAAAAACAAAAGUGGG